AUGCAUUUGAAGUUAGCGAAGGAUAACCCGGAAUCAUUCGACCUGUUCUUGAAGAAGAUCAUCGAAGGAUUCGUCGUGAACCGUUCGACACAGCAGUUUACGGAGGAACAACUAGCUCACCUCAACAAGGGACUGGGGUAUGCGAUCACACAGAAAUCAGACGUGGAACAGAUCAUCGUGGACAUGGAGACAGCGAUUUCCCGAAACAUCGAGCAACAGGAUCAAAAUACAGCGAGGAACAUCGUGGCAGACGCCAUCAAAGAAGGACGGCACGGGACAACGAACCAUGACGAAAGGAGGAUUCUAAAGGAGCUUAAGGAAAAACCAGUAUACUACGUAAAAGCCGAUAAGGGAAACGCAGUAGUGGUAAUGGAUAAAGAGGACUACGACGAACAGAUGACGACGAAAAUCAACGGAGGACCUUAUAGACAUUUGAGAGUGGAUCCGCUACCAGGAUUAAUACGACUCACGGACAAAACAAUAAAGGAGUGUAAGGCGAUCAUCGGAGAAGCCCGAGUGAAGACAGUAAACCCGGUUCUACCUAGGAUUAAAGGACUACCAAAAUCCAUAAACCCGGCAAGGAGAUGCGAGAGAUAG